AUGUAUCGCCGAGUUCUUGAGAAUGUCGUCGUUUUCAUGGCCAGUGUCGCCGCGGCUAAACCAUUAUGCGAGUCUGGACAGUGGGUGAAUCUAGCCUCCACCCCGUCGGCUCGUCAGGAACACGGAACGACCGCUAUCGGCAACGCAUCCAUUGCCAUUCUCGGCGGAAUCGUUCCUACGAGUAACGGCACCGAAACAACCGACCUCUUCCAGCUCUACGACAUCGCCUCCGACACCUGGCGAACUGCAUCGCCUGCACCUUACAAAGUCAACCACCCCAACAUCGCAGCCGUAGAUGACAAGGUUUAUCUUCUCGGUGGGCUGGUCGUGGGACCCACCACCCCUGGCUUGACGAUGAACUGGGUGGCUUCAAAGUCUUCUUAUGUCUACGAUGUUGCCACCGACGUCUGGAGUGAGCUUCCUCCGAUGCCCAACGGCACCGAGAAGGGGAGCUCUGUUGUCGGGGUUUACGAUGACCUGAUCAUUCUCGCCGGAGGCAUGACUGUGCUCAUGACAGGCUACCAAGACGCCGUCAACAGUGUGAUCGCUUUCAACACCACCUCCAACAGCUGGCAAAGACUCCCAAUGGCCGCGGCCGAGUUACCAGAAAGCCGCCAGCACUCCUCCGGCGCGGUGAUCGGUGAUACGUUCUACGUCGUCGGCGGAAGACGCUAUGGUCAGCUGAAUCACCGAGAUACCGUCUUCUCCCUUGAUUUGAGCAACAUGACUUCCGGCUGGCAGACGAGUCUCGGACACAUGCCGACAGCCCGUGGGGGUCUGAAUGGGGGUGCGGUGGGCGGCAAGUUCUACGCUUUUGGUGGCGAGGGCAAUGUGGAUUCUGUCACUGGCGUCUUCAACCAGACCGAGGUCUACGACGUCGAGACGCAGCAGUGGGCAGAACUGCAGCCUAUAAAGACUCCUCGCCACGGAACCCAGGCCGCUGCGGUUGGUGACAGGGUGUACAUCCCUGGUGGCGGUCUCCAGCAGGAUGGGAAGCAGGUCACGGUCAACGGAACGACUACCACACAGAACCCCGUAUCUCAUUUUGACGCGUACUGUGUGUAA